AUGGGUGUUUCUUCGAGUAAGGUUUUUGGAUGGGGGUGGUUCUCGCUGCACUCUCGAGCUAGGAGUAAGUCGACCCAACCUCCCCGCACAUCGUCCGAGACACUCGCUGCAGCCUGCAGCGCUCCCACCUCCACAAACCCGAAAACCCAGGUUGCGUGGAACCCACAGACCCGGUUGAUCGUGUAUUUUCGCAUCUUCUUAAGUUUCCCUUACUACCUUUCACAACUCUUCCGACCUCGACGCAAAAUGGAGGACCAAAUUCAGAGAGGCCACUGCAAAUGGUUCGACUCGAAGAAGGGCUUCGGGUUCAUCACUGCCGAGGACGGCACUGAUCUUUUCGUGCACCAGACUGAGAUCAAGGCUCAAGGUUUCAGAAACCUCGCUGAGGGUGAGAGCGUCGAGUUCCGCGUACAAGUUGGCCACGAUGGAAAGAGAAAGGCCGUCAGCGUGACUGGCCCCAACGGCGACUUCGUGCAGGGUGAGCCUCGACCCCGAAUGGACGCUGGUCGUGGUGGCUACCGCGGAGACGGCAACCAGGGUCCGAGAUAUGGGGGCCCCAACGCGGGCGGCUACAACACUGGGUACAACAACGGCUACGGGAACCCUGCUCCCGGCGGCUACGGCUAUUAAAUGUUUUGGUUGCUGAGUAUCGGUGAUAGUUGCUCUGCCAAGGAACGAUUUUGUACGAAAGACCUUGCUGUUUUGCCUGGAUCGAUGACAAGCAGUCGCUUGAUUCAGUCCGCUUGACUCGGAGGCCUCUGCAAAAUGCAGUGGAUCCGUCUGUCGGUCUCGUGGUAGAUAAACUAGAGCUUCAUUUUUCGACAGGUUCUGAGUCUUACUAAUCGCGAGAGUUAACAGUAUCGCUACGAGGGAAGGUUGUUGAGCUACCGAACGAACCGAGGUGUGCGUACAUCAGGAUAAUUGCGUUUUAAGCGUGACAGUCGCCCCCAGAACAAAUUACCAGCAACGUUUUAUCGUUUUGGUCACUGGUGGAUUCAGCGCGACGAUUUACAAGUGAAAGACAUCAUUGUUACUGGUUUAAGCCGUUCAAACCGUAAUUCUUGAUCUCUAGACUCACCGUUGGCGAAAUCAUAUCCUUCCUCUGAUCCACUCUUUGUCACGGGCUUUCCAAGAAGUUCAAGGCUCCGGAAGUCGUCAGAGGGUGUCCGUCAUUUGGGCAAGUUCCAUCUUUCGUUGCAUACGUAUCGUGGCUUGGUCAAAGUGCUUCUUUCAGACGUGCCAAGUCUUAAUGUGGAUUUUCUUCCGCUUAAACGUAACAGCUUGCUCUGUCCAAUUAAGAAGCUCUUCUCAUCC